AUGACUUCACGCGCCACCACCAUAUUUGCCCUCAUUUCCCUCCUCCUUUGUACCGUAUUCCGGUCCUCUGUCGCAGAAGAAAAUUGUAGCACAACAUGCAUUAUAGAGCAAUGUGACACGAUGGAAAUCAAAUAUGGAAAGUAUUGCGGGAUAGGUUAUUGGGGUUGUGCCGGCCAGAUACCGUGUGAUGAUGCUGAUGCUUGUUGCAUGUCUCAUGACGAUUGUGUUGGCAGAUUCGGAAUGACUCAUGUGAAAUGUCAUGUAAGAUUAAAGAACUGCUUAACUAGGGUACACAAAUAUGGGAAAAUUGGAUUUUCGAAAGAGUGUCCGAUCACGUCUGCCGUGCCAACCAUGAUAAGAGGCAUGGACAUGGCCAUCUUGCUCAGCCAAUUGGGCGGAGCCGUUCCUACUAUAUAA